CAACAACAAAAAAAAACGCAAAGUGCUCUCACUAGUCCCUUAAAUCUUCUCCCCUCACCUCUCUAAAGCCCUAAGUUCGGAGCCACGACGAGCAGACAACUAUUCUCUUUGGCCGGUAAUAAAAUGGCUUCCUUGAUGUUCACCGAUUGCUCCUCCUCCAUUUCUUCACGUCUCAUUCACGUGAACGCUCGCAGCAGCGGCGCUAUCCUCUUCCGUCAGCACGUCGGCCAGCUCCGCCUACGUAGCACCGCGUCUCCCCGUGGCUGCUCUCUCUCCAUCCGCUGUUCUUCUUCUGCAACUUCAGUUGAUGGAAAGGCUGUGGCGAAAACUAUUAGAGAUGAGAUCACAAUCGAUGUUACGAGGAUGAAGGAAUCUAUCGGUGUGGUUCCUGGAUUAGCUGUGAUUCUUGUUGGAGACAGGAAAGAUUCGGCAACUUAUGUGAGGAACAAGAAGAAAGCUUGUGAAUCCGUUGGAAUCAAAUCGAUAGAAGUUCGUUUAGCUGAAGAUUGCUCUGAAGAACAAGUGUUGAAAUCCAUCUCUUGCUUCAACGAUGACCCUUCUGUUCAUGGAAUCCUUGUUCAGUUGCCUCUACCUUCGCACAUGGAUGAGCAGAACAUUUUGAAUGCGGUUAGUAUAGAGAAGGAUGUUGAUGGGUUCCACCCGUUGAAUAUUGGACGACUUGCCAUGCGUGGUAGAGAGCCGUUGUUCGUUCCGUGUACUCCUAAGGGGUGUAUCGAGCUGUUGCAUAGAUACAAGGUUGAGAUCAAAGGGAAAAGAGCUGUUGUUAUCGGAAGGAGUAACAUUGUUGGUAUGCCAGCUGCUCUCUUACUUCAGAACCCUGAAGAGAUUACACGAGAAGCUGAUAUUAUAAUUGCAGCGGUUGGACAACCAAACAUGGUUAGAGGAAGCUGGAUAAAACCGGGAGCAGUCAUUAUUGAUGUUGGGAUUAAUCCUGUCGACGAUCCAAAUGCUCCACGUGGUUAUCGUUUGGUAGGAGACGUAUGUUAUGAGGAGGCUUGCCAAGUUGCAUCAGCCAUCACACCUGUUCCUGGUGGUGUAGGACCAAUGACCAUAGCUAUGCUUCUGUCCAAUACCUUAAUAUCGGCCAAGAGAAUUCACAACUUCGAGUGA